UUCCAAGGAUUUCCCGUUGGCGCCAACUGCAGAGUGGCGCACGCUCCUCGCACACCGCUCCUGGGACUCGCUUCGCGGCAGUCGGAACCGGAGCGACGCACAACGGUCACCGUGCGCGCGGGCAGUCGCGGGCUACGCCUGCUACGGUAGGCUACCAUCAUGCUUGGCGUCUUCUGGCGGUGCAUUGUCACGGGGCUCGUAGCCGGAGUCGGGGCUGUCGUACUGCAGUACCUGUGGGACACACUCAAGAGAUGCCUGAGGAAAGAUCUGCCGCCGGGCCCCUUCGGUGUCCCUCUACUCGGCUACCUUCCAUUCAUGCCGAAGGAUGGCCACCGUGGCGUUGAGGCACUUAGGCAGAAGUAUGGCAACGUGUUCGGUGUUCACCUAGGCUCCCGGUACGUGGUGUUCCUGUGCGACUUCGACUCCGUGAAGGAGGCCUUAUCGCAGGACUCUCUCCUCAACCGACCCGAAGAGUUUCCCUUUAAAGUCAACGAGCACUCGCAAGGACUGAUUGUGCUGAAUGGACCGCUAUGGAAGGAGCAGCGCAGGUUCUCGCUGAAGCUCUUCAAGAACCUUGGCAUCGCAACGCAGGCCAUGGAAAAACACAUACACGAGGAGCUGUCGUACCUCCUUCGCGAGCUGGAGUCUGUGAAAAAAGGCCGCAUCGUGCCCACGACCGUGCUGACGCCCAGCACAUCCAACAUCAUCUCGGCGCUGGUGUUCGGCCGCCGGUUCGAGUACGACGAUCCCGAGCGCGUAUACUUGGACAAGCUGAUCGAAGUGAUUCCGGCACUGGCCGCACAGGUGUCGGCCAUCAACUUCUUUCCCUGGCUUCGAAAGCUGUUCGUCUUCUUCCGCAUGGGGGCCUGCGAGCAGCUAAGGGACGCGCUUGUCCGGAGGGAAGACUUCGCCGACUCGAAGAUCGACUUCCACCAGGACACGUACCAGGAUGGCUUGGUGCGGGACUACAUCGACGGCUUCCUCAGUGAAAUGAAGCAGCAGGAUGAAGGAUGCACGACCUUCACACGCAAUUUGCUCAAGGGCAACGUAGCGUCCUUCUUCGGCGCCGGCAGCGAAACCGUGCGCGCCGCCAUCGAGUGGUUGCUGCUCGUGAGCGCCAUGAAGCCGGAACUUCAGCGUCGCAUUCACGACGAGAUCGACGCCGUGCUCGCGAAUGGCGAAAGAUCGCACAUCUCCUGGAGCAACCGCAGCCAGAUGCCGUACACGCAGGCCUUCAUGUGGGAGACUAUGCGCUGCAAGCCUGUCAACCCCCUCAGCCUCAUGAGAUAUGCCGCCACAGACGUGAAGGUGGGCAAGUACGUCAUCCCUCGUGGCAGUGUCGUAAUUGGAUCGAUAUGGUCCAUUUUCUACGACCCCGCUUACUGGGGUGAUCCUGAAGUGUUUCGACCGGAGCGCUUCCUCACCAACGACGGCACGAGACCGCAGAAACCGGAGCGAUUCAUCCCAUUCUCCUACGGCAAGCGCGCGUGUCCGGGAGAAGUGAUCGCCAACAUGGAGACUUUCAUCUACUUCACCAGCAUACUGCAGCAUUUCACCGUAGAGGCACCGCCCGAUGGUCCGAACCUCGUGCUCGAUGAAGUACUCGGCAUCUCCCUUCGACCAACGCCCCAGGAACUCCUUUUCCGACCACGAGAAGUGCCCCUUUGAGUGGACGUUUUUUACACCAGCCAAAAAAAAAAAAACACUUCAGUUGAGUUCUACUUUUUCAAGAGUGCUUCGCCACUUUCUCAAAACUUAAGGACUUCCAGUCUUUGGUUUCUUCAUCCUGUUGUUGCCACUAGCCACACGAAAUACAUUAGUUCUCCCCACAUAGUAUUUAGUGACAGCGCUUGUGUACAAAAGUGACUGGUGGACAGCCAUGAGAGACGACUUUUCAACCCUUGUCAAGCUUAACACGUUAUUUUUUAUAAAAGUUAUUUGCUUUUCCUUUAUCAUUGUUCGUAAUAUAAACCAUUAUAUAUUACGUCGGCAGCAUUAUUAUCGUGUUACAUAUAGCCGGUAAUCCUAUAAAUAAUUUGGUUACCGUAUGCACCAGGGGUCUCAAACACGCGGCCCGCACAUGAAUUGUCUUCGUCCCAUGAUUUCAUUUUAUUUUAUUAAUGAGCAUGUUCAUGAGCUACCCAGACAAGUCUCAAGCAUUUCUUUGGUGAGGCACACCAUGCGGUCACCAUGUGCUGAAACAUAACCGCGGAACAAAAACUGUAUAUCCAGAAUCGUCGUACAGAUUUUAGUGAUAUUGGAAAUCGGUAACGAUAUGUUUCUCUUGUCGAAUUCUGACGCCAAAUGCCCUUCAGAGAUAUGGGAAGUAGAUGAGAUGUUAGUUGACACCUUGUUCAAGGCGGCGUAGUAAGCACGUAAAGAGCGCACAAAACUGACGAUGAGAGGACGCCGCACACCGCGCUCUCUCUUCGUCUUAAGUUUUCUGCUCUGUUUCCUUGUACAAUGUAUUACCAACAAGAGCAACUGGACACGCUAGCAAAAAAAGUUCGUGCUUUUCUUUGUUUGCAAGAACUGAAGAACGGUCCUGCUCUUUCGUGGUGCAAAAAACGCACAUUCGCCAAGGAAAUCAGUAACAUGGCGUUUCGGGCACCGUACGGGUCUUGACCACAAUGGAGAGGUAAGCAUGGGCCCACGAUGUGCAAGUGUAUAUCUCGAGUGAGGUGGCACAGUGCAUCUCGAGAAGAUCACGCCUCGACCUGCUUAUGGCGCAUCCAGUUGAUUGAAUGUAGUACGAUUCUAAAAGCAAAGUGCGGUUGAAUGUUUUGCUGUUACGAUGGUGGCUGCCAAGUACCAGUGAAUGCUCUGUACGAUUAGCCUGGGCUGUUCCGCCAAGGCGCUCGCGACUGUGUAGCCCUCGGCGACUCCAUUCUUGCGGUGCUCCAAACGCCGUUUAAAAUUUAUGCUCUCGUCGAUGUGCGAUACGCCCCACCCCCUGCACAGUAUCUCGUAGACCACUCCGCACUGGCGAACUUGUGUUUUUUGCCCCAGCAUGUUUCCUCACGAAACGAUUGUUCGUCAAACGUUUGACUCUGGUGUUCUUUUGUUUAGAUGAACUGAAGACGUUUACCAUUUUCUUGAAAAGCAAGCGACACCCGAAGCAUGUCAUGAGCCCCGCAGUUACUGCAACAAUGUGUCGCUUCAUUAUCUGGAACGACAUCCAUGUCAUUGCUUUCUCUUGCUGUGUAUCCAUUGUCAUAAUUAGAAUGUUCUCUUCGUCCGUCCUUUGAGACUCACCUCUCAUUAUUCACGGUCAAUGGCAAUAAAUAUACGUGUAUUAUGCACCAU